UCCGAGCUUACUUCUUAGCUGACUUUCACCGAGUCCACGUCUCUCUGAAUAUUGUAGCUUGUUCUUGCCGUACUUGAGGGUGCGCUGCCAAGUAGCAGAAAGCAUCGCGGUUCACCUUCGUAGAACAUUGUGCAACGGAUAAAACUAUAAAUUUGAACGGUGGUGUCAUUGUUCGUUAGCGCGUGGUCAAUUACGUUACGCUAAUCCAACUCUUCAAAACCAGAUCGAAAUCAUGAAGCCAUUCACUUUCGGAGUAGUCAUCGUUGCUGCCUUUUGCGUGGCCAGCGUGUUCGGAGCCGAUGAGCCAGCAAAGGAUAAGGAAGAAGAGGGACUCAGGAUCUACAAACGACUGAUCCCAGCCGAUGUGUUAAGAGAUUUCCCUGGCAUGUGCUUCGCUUCGACCCGUUGCGCCACUGUUGAACCUGGCAAGUCGUGGGAUCUUGCUCCAUUUUGUGGACGUUCUACAUGCGUGGUAUCUGAUAGCAAUCCAUCACAACUUUUGGAGUUAGUCGAGGACUGCGGACCGCUACCACUGGCCAACGAUAAAUGUAAACUGGAUACUGAAAAAACUAACAAAACCGCUCCAUUCCCAUACUGUUGUCCAAAGUUCGCCUGCGAGCCUGGAGUUCAGCUUGAGUAUCCGGAAUCAAAGGCCCCAGAGGAUACUAAAGAUGAAAAACAAAACUAACUCCAUAGCCAAAAGGUAACGCGACAGAAGAGCAAGCAAGAACGUGAACUUUUUUUCUAUGAAUGUACUUCCAUAUAUUGUACAGAAGGGACGUAUACUUGUAACAUCAUAAGGGUAAUCUAAAGUAACAGGAAAAGAAAAUGCAUUAUCGAACAAGAAAAGCGUAUACCUAUUAGUCAAGUAUGUGAUAUUAGAAAUAUGUAUUUAUCUGAAAACGUACCACUUUUUAAUACACUGAUUUUCGUUACCAUUCCGACCCUGAUGUGAAAUUCUCAAAUUGUAGUUGUUGAACAAGGAAGUUAUCUUCAGUUGCCGUAUUUUUCUCAACAUCAAAAAUACUUAAUUUUUUCUGUCAGUUCAAAAAGCUAUAAUUAUUUCCAAAUAAAAUUUUCGGUCUACCAAAGGUGAAAA